AUCACGGCUAACGUACCUUAUCGCAAUAACAAUUGUCUGGUAACAAUGCCGCGUCUGGAAUAUGUAACAAACGCAUCACGUCCAUAAUUAAAUCUUGAAAUUAUGAUGUAUUAUUAAUGAACUGAUGAUUUUGAAUAAUGAUAGUAUGUCGGCAUUAAUAUGAUAGGGGGAAGGUUCCAAGGUGUCCUCAACUUGGAUGAAGAAAGUAAAUGCAUGGCUGUAAGGUGUAAGAAAGCUUCUCAAUUCUGAUCAUGGUGGGGGCAAGAAAUCGGUUGCUUUUAAGGAGGCAUUCUAGGACUAUCGUAACAAUUUGUUUAGUGAUCAUUUUCCUUGUUGCUGCCUAUAUUUAUCUAUCCAAUGAUACGCCUCCGAAUGCUUUUCCUCAAAUAACUGAUUAUGAGAUUGAAUCUCGGGUUGUUAAUGAGGAAAUUCUGAAGAUUUCACCUAUUGAAACCAAGAACCCCAAGGUUGCCUUUUUGUUUAUGACUCCAGGUCCAUUGCCGUUUGAGAAGCUCUGGCACACAUUCUUUGAAGGUCACGAAGGCAAAUUCUCUGUUUAUGUGCACACAUCGAAGGAAAAGCCAAUACAUAAGAGCCGCUAUUUUGUUGGUAGAGAAAUUCAUAGUAAACCGGUAGGUUGGGGAACAAUUUCCACGGUUGAAGCAGAAAGGAGACUUUUGGCAAAUGCACUUUCAGAUCCUGAUAACCAACAUUUUGUUUUGCUAUCGGACAGUUGUAUACCGGUGCGUAGCUUUGACUUUGUGUACAAUUACUUCUUGUUAGCAAAUGUCAGCUUUAUUGAAUGUUUUGUGGACCCUGGUCCUCAUGGAAAUGGCAGGUACAUAGAGCAUAUGUUGCCUGAAGUAGAGAUGAAAAAUUUUCGAAAGGGGUCACAGUGGUUUUCAAUGAAACGGCAGCAUGCUAUAAUGAUCCUGGCUGACAAUCUUUACCUCACAAAGUUCAAGUUUCAUUGCAGGCCAAAAAUGAACGGACGAAACUGCUAUGCCAGUGAGCAUUACUUGCCAACAUUUUUUAACAUGUUUGAUCCAAGUGGAAUAGCAAACUGGUCAGUAACAUACGUAGAUUGGUCUGAGGGAAAGUGGCACCCCAGAUUAUUCAAGGUUCAGGAUGUUACUUCUAAGCUUCUGAAUGCCAUAUCGUCGAUGGAUGAAAGUGUACAUUAUACGAGUGAUUCAAAGAGAUCAGUGAUGAUCACACCAUGCGUUUGGAAUGGGUCGAAACGACCUUGCUAUCUGUUUGCUAGAAUCUUUUACCCUCGAACUCUGGAUAGAUUGAUGCACCUUUUCUCCAAUUUUACAACAUUCUGAAUUGAUAAGAUUCGCGCCAAGUCUCACAUUCCAGCAGCUACUUGAAUCUCUGAAGGAAGAUAUAGCAGCUGAUUCAACCUUACAAUUUUUCACUUUUCUGAUGAUUAUUUACAGUGUAGAAAACUAUAAAACAAAGAUGAAAAUUUUGUAUAUUUGACAAGAAAGGAGGGAAAGAAGUUUUGAUCUUACAGGAUUUUACCCUGGAAGAAAGGUGGUUGCGUGACCUUGAUGCAUGGACGAGUAUCAGCAACCAUGCAUCACAUGCUACUUUCUGAAUGGCUCAGUAUGCUGUUGUUCAAUGUGCUUGUACGAUUCAAGUGUGUCUUAAAGAAAUUUUGAUCUGAAACCUUUGACGCAAUUAUUGAGUUUGUUGUUUAAAUUA